AUGCGCAAUGGUUCCAUCCCAAAUUCUUUCAAUGAUUUGCAAAGCUUGACAGUUGUGAAUAUAUCUUACAAUCAAUUAGAAGGCCCUAUUCCUAACACUAAGGCAUUUCAGGAGGCUUCAUUUGAUGCCUUAACGAACAGUAAAGGCCUAUGUGGUAACGCCACUAGACUAAUGCCUUGUGUUGUUGCUGCUGCUAGCAACAAAGUUGGUCAUAGAAAAAGCACCAAAGUCAUCAUUUUCAUUGUGCUUCCACUCUGUGGUCCUCUUUUACUCUUUAUCAUGGCUGGAAGUUUCUUUUUUCUUUGCCAAAAGAAUCGAACCAGAAAAUCUGAGUCAAUGGAGGCACAACUUGGAGAUUUUUUCACAUUAUGGGGAUAUAAUGGAAGAAUACUCUAUGAGAACAUUAUUUUAGCCACUGAAGAUUUCAGCCCCAACAAUUGCAUCGGUUCAGGAGGCUAUGGAGCUGUUUAUAAAGCUGCGCUACCCAUUGGUCAGGUGGUUGCUGUGAAGAAACUUCUUCAAUCUGAAGAUAGCAUGCUUAUCAACAACUUGAAAGCCUUUGAAAAUGAGGUUCAGGUUUUAACAGAGAUAAGGCAUCGUAACGUUGUAAAGCUGUAUGGCUUUUGUUCACACCCAAAGAACUCUUUUUUGGUUUAUGAGUUUGCAGAAAGGGGAAGUUUGAGAAUGCUGUUAAGCAACAAGGAAGAGGCUGAGGAGUUGAAUUGGAAAAAGAGACUAAAUAUUGUAAAAGGAGUGGCUAACGCCUUGUCUUCCGUGCAUAGUGAUCAUUCACCACCUAUAAUCCAUCGAGACAUUUUGAGCAAUAAUGUUCUCUUGGAUUUGAGCUAUGAGGCUCAUGUCUCGGAUUUUGGCAUAACUAGAUUUUUAAAGCCUGACUCCUCCAAUUGGACCUCACUUGCAAGCACUUUCGGAUAUAUAGCUCAAGAUUUACUAAAAGAAGUGAUAGACCAACGCCUCUCAUCUCCAGUAAACCAAGUCUCAGAGGAUGUCGUCUCUACUGCAAAGGUAGCAUUUGCAUGCUUGAAUGGCAAUCCCAAACUUCGGCCAACCAUGCAACAGAUUGCUCAAGCCCUUAGCUGUCGAUCGCUUCCAUUGUCUAAUCCUUUCUCAAUCAUAAAACUGGGAGAAUUGUGGGAUUAUGGAUUCUGCAGUGGCUAA